UACUCAUAUGCAUACAGUUGGUGACAAAUAUUUACACAGACUACACACUUAUUUGAAUACUGCACAAUACAUUUACACAAUUAUAUAUAAAUAGCGGAAUAUUUGAUGGGAUAGGAUUCCUUCCUGAAGUUUAAAAAAUAUCUCAUCGAGCUGCGAACAAGAAAAGAAUGUUGUAUUCAGUUCUAUCAGCGUUAAAUGUCCAGACAGUUCUAAUUGGAUUACUAGUUGUACUUGUUGUUUACAAACUCAGACAAAGAUGGAAGUAUAAUGUGCCUCCAGGACCAUUUUGCUGGCCUCUGAUUGGAAGUUAUGAAGUUAUCCAAGCCAAAUUUCUACAUGAAAUAUUUGUAAAAUAUUCGAAAAAAUAUGGACCAGUGUUCACUGUUAGUGUAGGACCUUAUCAUAUGGUUGUUUUAAACGAUAUCAAUAGUGUCACAGAAGCAUUAGUCAAAAGCAAAUCUGAUUUUGCCGACAGACCAUUAGUUCAUUCGGCUCACAUGUUAACGGAGGGAAGUAAAGAUAUAAUUUUUGCUAAAUAUACACCAACAUGGAAACUGCACAGAAAAAUUUCUGUAAAGGCAUUAAGGCAAUAUUUGGCAGGGAACCGUUUAGAGGAAGUUCUCCAUGCUUCAAUGAAUAUAUGUUUACCUUUAAUGGCAAAAGAAAAUGGAGCAUUUAAUCCAGAAAAUUACAUAGAUUUAAUGGUGUUCAAUAUUCUUAAUGCUGUGUGUUUCGGCGAAAGUGUCGAAUUAGAUGAUCCAGAAUUUAUGAGAUUUAUGAAACUUAGCAAGAAAAUAAAUGAAAUGACAGGAAAUGGUUUUGUUGAAGAUAUGUUCCCAAUCAUGUGUAAAAUAUGGACAACUCAUAAGUACAGAACAAUACACAACAUGAAUAAUGAACUCAUCUCUAUUAUCAAAAGGAAAUUUGAGGAACACGAAGAAACAUUUAAUAUAGACAACGUCAGAGAUUUUACUGAUUCCUUGAUACUGGCAAGAAAAGAAGCAGAACAGGAAGAGAAAGCGGAAAUAUUAUCCCAGUUAUCUGACACACAUCUUAGACAAACUGUAUUCAAUAUUUUUAGCGCUGGUAUCGAAACAUCAACAGUAACAUUAGGUUUUGCUGUACGUUACAUGGCUGGAUUACCAGAGAUUCAGAGUAAAGUUCAGGAAGAAAUAGACAGAGUUGUUGGAAAAGAUAGAUUACCGACGGUCAAAGACAGAGAAAAUCUCAGCUAUACAGAAGCCACCUUACAUGAAGUCAUGAGACUUGGUACAGCUGUUCCAUUAGGUAUACCUCAUAGUACAAUUUGUGACACACGAGUUGGUGGUUAUGAUGUUCCAAAGGACACAAUGGUUAUGAUCAAUCACUGGGCACUUCACAAUGAUCCCAACUAUUGGAAAGACGUGAAGAAAUUUGAUCCCACACGCUACCUGGACGAAAAUGGAAAGCUUGGUAUGAAACCAGAAAGCUGGUUACCAUUUUCAGCAGGCAGACGUGGGUGUUUAGGUGAAUCUGUUGCUAAACCAGAACUUCAUCUGAUUUUUGCAACACUUAUGCAAAAGUUCAAGAUUACCUUACCUGAAGGAACCAAUCCCGAAAUAGAACUAUGUGGAUCUGGUGCCAUUGCAAUACCUGCUCCUUAUAAAGUCAUUGUUAAAGAAAGAAAUCUUUUAUAAACUUUCUUGACAUUGUAAAAGAUUUUUCUAACUGAACGUUUUCUUUAUACUUUUAGUUGAUUGUUCGAAAAUGAUAUAGACAUCCUACCAGUUUAAUAUAAUAAUAAAACUAUUUAGAUUUGAUUUAUUUCAUGCUUUUAAUGUGUUUUUGUUUAAGUUCUGCUAUGAAUUUACCUUAUCUACAGAUCAAUAUCAUGGCAACUGUACCUGCUAUCAAAUGUAUGCAUUAUACAUUUUAUAAAUACUGAUUGCCAAUAGAAAUAAAGGCAACGAUAGUAUACCGCUGUUCAUUAGUUAUGAAUCGAAUAAGCGAAAAAAAAAAACAAAAAAAAAACGGUGACGAACUUAAACCGAGAGAAAAACAUCAACUAUGAAAGGAAAACAACGGAACAACAGAAACACUGAACUGCAACAAAAACAAACGCCAACAUACAUAGAAAUGGACUAUUUGAUAACAACUGCCAUAUUACUGACUUGUUACAGGACAGUUUAAGAAGAAAUGUUUGGUUGAUCCUGGUUUUAUGGCUAGCUAAACAACGCAACAUGUACAGGUAUUUUUUUAUUUGAUAAAAAACAAAACAAACUAAGAUAUAUUUUUCCAAAGCAGCCCAAUGUCUCCAAUCAUUGUAAGUUUUUUUUAUCAGAAAAUGUUUUUACCACAUGCACUGAACAUAUCAUUGUCAUUGUUUGUAUUAUAAAUACUUAUAUAUUGUUUAUGUUAUUGUGAAAUUAGUUUAUGAGAAUAUGAUUUCGUGCAUUCAUUUUCAUUUUUUUUUCUA